AUGGCCGACUGGGACGAGAAGCAGAAACAGACAUGGGCCGCUGCCGAGCGCAUUGAAGAGGCGGACCUCAAGGCCGGCGUUCCAAGCGAAAUCACCGCUCUCUCUGCCAUCGAGGCGACAGCAGCAUCGAAAGCAGCCUGGCUCAUAUCCUUGACAGUAUCUCUUGGAGGCUUCCUCUUCGGUAAGAAAAUGAGAGUAUCUCAGCUGGUCGAGCCGUAGCUAAAUCAUCUCAGGCUACGAUACUGGCUACAUCUCCUCUGUGCUCGUGAGCAUUGGCAGCGCCCUGGGUCACGAAUUGUCCUCAAGCGAAGAAGAAUUGGUUACAUCUCUCACCUCCGGGGGUGCUCUCGUUGGAGCAGUCUUUGCAGGUCUAGGUGCCGACAAAUACGGACGAAAAUGGCCUAUCUGGGCUGCAUGUGUGGUCUUCGUCAUCGGAACUGUCCUCCAGACUGCCUCAUAUUCUGUUCCACAAUUCGCCGUGGGUCGAUUUGUAGUUGGCCUGGGAGUGGGAUCGGCAGCUAUGAUUGUACCCCUCUACAUUGGAGAGCUGGCGCCUGCGAAGUAUCGAGGCCGCAUGAUUGCGUUUAACAACAUGUAAGCAAUCGUCAUCGAGAGAGCCACUUGGAUGAAUAGCUGAUCUUGUCUUAGGUCCGUCACUUUCGGCCAACUAGUCGCUUCAUCCAUUGGCGCAGGCUUUGCUAAUGUCACACCGGAUGGCUGGCGAGCGACAGUAGGAAUUGGAGCGGCACCAGCCAUUCUACUUUCAAUCAUGCUUCUUUGGUGCCCCGAGUCUCCAAGACAGCUCAUUGCUCACGGCAAAGUCGAAGAAGCCGAAAGAGUGUUCCUGCGCCUCUAUCCCGGCUCGACACCCGAUCAACGGCUAGCGAAGAUCCGCAGUGUGGAGAUCUCCCUCGAAGAAGCAACUUCUUCCAUCCAGAGAGAAGCUCUCUGGACCACCUUCAAGCGCAUCUUCUCCACAGCUGCGACAGGCCGUGCCGUGUUCGUGGCUUGUGUCACCAUGGCCAUAUCUCAGCUUGGUGGUUUCAAUACCUUGAUGUACUACAGCGCUAAAAUCUUCGCCAUUGUCGGAUUCAACAACGCCACAGCCGUCGCUAUUGUCGUCUCCGGGACCAAUUUCAUCUUUUCAAUCGUCAAUUUGUUCCUCGUCGACAAGUUUGGACGAAGGCAAUUGCUUACCGUAACGGUUCUCGGAAUGAGUAUCUGCAUGCUCAUCGCGGCUGUCUCGUUCCACUAUAUCCCGAUCGAUCUUUCGACAUUGGAAGUUACGACAGACUCUAUCAGCUGGGCCGGUGCACUCGUCCUCGUGGUCAUCAUUCUCUACGUCGGAUUUUACUCCUCUGGUGUGGCUACGAUCGCCUGGAUCGGAACCGAACUCAUUCCUAUGGAAGUACGAGCACUGGGGACCAUGCUUAUCACCGUCACUUGCUGGUCGACAAACAUCAUCAUCAGCAGUACAUUCCUGUCCAUGAUGAAAGGUAUCACUCCCUCUGGCGCCUUUGGUUUCUACUGCGGUAUUUGCUUCGUCGGAUGGUUAUUCGCACUCUUCUGCUAUCCAGACGUGAAGGGUAUGCCAUUGGAGAUAAUUCGAGAUGUGUUUGAGCAUGGAUUUGGAUUGCGCUACAGCAAACAAUGGCAGAAAGAACACAAGCACGAGAAGAAAGAGGCGCAACAGACCUUCGGACACUGA